AUGAUAAUAGAUUCAGGGAGAGGGGAUGAACAGGAUACAUUCAUUCAAAAAACUGUAGAAGAAUCACCACCAAAAAUACCUGGAAAUGCUCUCACUUCUCUUUUUCAAUCUUCAUCUGGAUCCUUCUACGAAUUCUCUCUUUCUCUGUACAAACCUUCAUCAUCAUCUUCAUCUGUGAAUCAAGAACUUCACCGCGAGUAUGUAUAUGCGGCGGAGACGGGCGAAUCAAGAACAGAAGACGAUGAUGACGGCAAAUUUAUGGUGGAGCGCGGACUUGUGAAGGUUAAAGACGCAAUUAAGGCGAAGGGUCAAAGCAUAAAUUCGCGAAAACAGAGAAGAGACGAGUUUGUUGAGAAGAGCGGAAUCAAGACGGGUGGGGACAGAGCUGAGUUGAUCGGAGAAGGCGGAACAAGGCUGCUCGCGGCGCUGCUAUUGCGAGACGGACUGAAGCGUCGGGGUUUGAAAUUUGUUGAUCAACUGAUCAGAGACGGAGAUCGCUGA